GGUGGAUGCUGAAUGACUCCUUCAUCCUGCCCAUGCCGGGCUCACGUUUCUCCCUCAUGGGUGGGAACUUACACAUCACCAAUCUGAAUAAAGACGAAGAUGUGGGCAUCUAUCAGUGCUUCGCAUCAAACUCGUUUGGCACAAUCAUCAGCAGAGAGGCCAGUCUUCAUGUUGCUUACUUGGAGAAUUUCAAGACCCAGAGAAGAAAUCCAGUGAGGGUUCGUGAAGGUCAAGGAGUGGUCUUACUGUGUGGCCCACCCCCUCACUCAGGAGAACUCACCUUCACAUGGAUCUUCAACGAGUACCCGUCUUUUGUCGUCCAGGACACGCGUCGAUUUGUCUCCCAGAAGACGGGAAACCUCUACAUCGCUAAAGUGGAGCCCUCUGAUGUGGGCAACUACACGUGUGUGGUCACCAACAUGGUCACCAAAAGCAGCGUUCAGGGACCACCGUCACCUUUGGUCCUCCGGCUUGACGGUGUGAUGGGUGAAUACGAACCAAAAAUUGAAGUGCAGUUCCCUGAAGUCGUCCCUGUCGCUAAGAGCUCAACCGUCAAACUUGAAUGUUUUGCACUUGGAAACCCGGUGCCAACCAUAAGCUGGAAAAGGGUUGACGGGGCCCCUUUUGGCAGGAAGGUGGACUUGAAUAAAGCCAGCGGAGUCUUAGAGAUCCCUUAUUUCCAACAGGAGGAUGCAGGCAUGUACGAAUGCAUGGCAGAAAACAGCAGAGGAAGAAACUCGGUUAAAGGAAAGCUGUCUUUCUAUGCUCCACCACAGCUGACGGAGAAGCCUCAGGAUGUUCAGAAGACCAUCGACGACACUCUAGUGUGGGAAUGCAAAGCCAACGCUAAGCCAAAACCCUCGUACCGCUGGCUGAAGAACGGAGAGCCCCUGGAUUACAUGGAGCAGGACAGAGUUCAGGUGAAUAACGGGGUGCUGACAAUCAACAACUUGAAUCUGGCUGACAUUGGGAUGUACCAGUGUGUGGCAGAGAACAAGCAUGGCCGCAUCUUCACCAAUGCUGAGCUCAGAGUCAUUGCUAUUGCUCCCGACUUCUCCCAAAACCUGUUGAAGACACAAACGUUGGCCCGACAGGGCGGCGAUGUCCUGAUCGAAUGCAAGCCCAGGAUGUCUCCUCGCGGCGUGAUUUCAUGGAGGAAGGGGAACGAAGCCCUGCGUGAGAGCCACAGAAUCAUGGUUCUGGAUAAUGGAAGCCUGAGGCUAUCCAAUGUCACUAAAAUGGAUGCUGGGAUCUAUACGUGUGUAGCCAGAAACCAGUUUGGAGUAGCGAGCAGCUCUGGAAGCCUUUUCGUUAAAGAGGCAACCACGAUCACGAGUCCAGCAGGGCACCUGGAUGUGACCGUUGGAGAGAGCAUCGUGCUGCCCUGCCAGGUUUCGCACGAUCCAACUCUAGAUCUGAAGUUCACCUGGUUCUUCAAUGAGCAGGUCAUCCACUUUGGAAGUCAAGGGGCCUAUUUUGAAAAAGUUGGUGGGCGUUCAGCAGGUGACAUCAUGAUCCGGAACAUCCAACUGAGUCAUGCUGGGAAAUACACCUGUGCGGUUCAGACCAAGGUGGACAGCGUGUCCAUCGCUACAGAUGUGGUUGUCAGAGGUCCUCCAGGCCCUCCUCUGGAUUGCCAGGUCACUGAGAUGACUGAGACUACUGCCUCUCUUUCCUGGAGGCCAGGGCUGGACAACCACAGCCCCCUCCUCAGCUACACCAUCCAGGCUAGAACACCCUUCUCUCUUGGAUGGCAAACCGUCGCCACCGUCCUGGAACUGUUAAAGGGGAAGCAACUUUCAGCCACGGUUACUGACUUGAGUCCCUGGGUGGAUUAUGAGUUCAGAGUUUUGGCAACCAACAGUGUUGGAACAGGAGAGCCCAGCAAACCCUCGAAGAAGACCCGCACCAAAGAAAUGCUUCCCAGAGUGACUCCAGCGAGGGUGAGUGGAGGUGGUGGAGGACGAUCAGAGCUCGUCAUCACAUGGGAACCGGUUCCCGAGGAGAUGCAGGGCGGUCCGGGCUUUGGCUACGUGGUGGCAUUCCGCCCACUUGGAGCUCAGGGCUGGAUGCAGGCUGCUGUUACGUCCCCCGAUGCUUCAAGAUACGUAUUUAAGAACGAGACCAUCCCUCCAUUCUCCCCUUACCAAGUCAAAGUCGGCGUUUACAACAACAAGGGCGAAGGACCUUUCAGCCCGGUUACUACCAUCUACUCAGCAGAAGAAGAACCCGGCAGAGCUCCAGUGAGGCUGAGGGUGAGGAGUGUUUCAGCAUCUGAAGUGGAGGUCACCUGGAAACCGCUGGCAUGGAGCAACAGCCGCAGACGUAUCCUCGGCUACGAGCUGCUUUACUGGGGAGAGAAGGAAAAGCCGGAUGCAGCCAGUGUGGUCAGAACGGAGGGGAAUAAAACAUCAGUACUCAUCAGGGAUCUGGAGGGCAGCAGUACCUAUUACAUGUCCCUGCGGGCCUAUAACAGUGCCGGAGUGGGUCCACAGAGCAGCAUAGUCAAUGUCACGACCAAGAAACCACCUCCCAGUCAAGCACCAGUUAAAAUCAUGUGGAACACGUCCAACUCCAAAGUCAUUCUGCGGUGGGACCAGGUACACGCCUUGGAGAACGAGUCCGAAGUCACGGGAUACAAGGUGAUGUACAGCCAGGACAAACACAGCCGCCCUAGCGUGGUGGAGACCAACAACACCUCCUUGGAGUUGUCACUUCCAACCAACCAAGACUAUGUCAUCCAAAUUAAACCUUUCAGCGAGGGAGGGGAGGGCAUCAGCAGUCGCCAGAUUACCAUCCCCAAAGUGGAAGGUUCCAUAGCGACGGGAGCAGCUCCGGAGUCCUUGGGAUUUUCAGCGGUGAGCCUUGGAGCUGUAGUUCUCACAGGCAGAAUGCUGCUAUGACAAACAUCCAGAUAUUGCAGCUUCUUAUUCAGAGUGGAAGGACAGCAGGUCUUCUUUGUGAGGGAAGAUCCUUUUCUUCACUUUUCUAAAGUGGUUGCUGAAAGGAAGUGCCGCUUUCAGAAUUUGCUUUUAUGAAACCGAAAGGGACGCCUUGACUCGACUGACUCCAGCCUUUUUCUGAAGAUGAGUUUUUCUCAUCUACUUUCUAACUAGUGGAUAUUCUUGUAUGUUUUUCACCUUGGAGGAUAAAUUAGGACAUGUACAUGCUCUCCCAAAGGAAUUGUGCGGGUUAUUUUCUAAAAGGAGUUAUUUAGUGUGUGUACCACUGAGCUUUUCCUUCAGAAAACGGAACUGAGAGUGGAGGCGACCUACAUCGCUUACUUGCUUAUCUAAAGUGGAGACUUUAUUGGAGGUAAGAAGCGUUUCUCUGAGAGGAAAUGAUCAUCCCAUCAAAUGGAAUUAAAAAAAAAAAGGGGGAUUAAGCUUCACUGCUUUAAGACAAAACAGAAUUUGGGACCUUUCUGUUCUUUCCUGCUUCGAUUCCUAACAUUACAAGUGGCCAUAAAACUGACUGGAACCAAAGUGGCUGCCACAGUGCAGCUAUACCUGUUGCAUCGUGGGAAACGGCAGCCUGUACUCACAUUGCUUAAUUUCUGUCAAGCAGCUGGCUUGUGUAAAUGAUAAAUGUCCCAUCUUGCUCCGUCAUCAGUGCAUAACCAAGACACACAUGUAUGAAAUCCUCAGGUCCCAAAUGAGCCUUAAGUCUUAUGAUUACCAUCCGACUUAUCAUUCAGGACUACGUUUGUUUUUGUUUGUCCACCUUGUAUCUUAGCUCUCGCUGAAUCAUAUCUUUGAAUGUUUCGAACUUGGGGGGGGGGGGGGGGGGAGAAAACUAAAUGCUUUUUGUCGUCUUUCUGUCCUGAUGAGCAUUGUUAUACAAUAGGUGGUCCUGUUUUCUGACUUUUCUAGUUUAGUUUAUAUCAAAACCAGCUCAGUGUUUCACUGUCGGUUGGCCAAUGUGUGUGUGUGUCUUGCACACACACACAAGUGGUUUGAAAGGAUCAGUCUGCUUUGAAUAAAGAUCAUGUCAUUUUCCUCAUUUCUGUCCCUGUUGUAACGUUGGGCCAAAUGUUCUUUAAAUUAAAGUGUUGCCUUUCAUUUCGCUCAUGCGGUUAAGAUUUCGACACCCUUUCACAUCACUUCUACAUCUCUACCUUUUGCCUUCUGAAAUAUUACACUAACAUAAAAAUGCCCUUUGUUGACCUAAAAGUUACUCCAUUUAGCUCUCAUGCAGUUUUUCAAGAAAGUAGUGCUUAUAUAAAGUGGAUGGAAAACGAUGGAUGGCUUUCAAAAUUUUUUUAUUCCCCUUUAUUUUAAUACCCUGGAAUCAAAUACAGUACAAGUAAUUGCCUUCAGACGCCACUGAAUUAGUAGUAAUGCAUCACAGUUGUACUAAAAACUCAAACAUGCAAAUCCAUCUAUGAUCAAUGUUGCAUGUAGCGCUUGCAACUCUAAACUGAACAAAUUAAAAGUGGUGUUUGCUUAUAGAAAGGCUAAAAGUAUGUUCAUAAGAGGCAUGAUAAUGUUCAUAGGCACUGACAUGCUGUUGAAACUAUAACUGGAAUGGUGUCACCUUAGGUGUGACAUCAAAUCCAACCCCGAUUUCCGGGGGAACUGGAAUGCAGCAUAAGAGUGCAACUACAAGCAAAUUGAUAACCCUUUAAAAUUAAGAAAUUUAGAUUCACUUUCUUGCAUUGCAAUUGCAAAUUUAAGCAUAAAGAAAAGAGCUGCUACACACAUAAUACACAGGACUCAUCUUCAGCUUUCCUUCGGUCUUUAUUUUGUUUUUUGGAUGAAGCACAAUGUACAGCAAAGACACAGCACCAAGCAAUGGAGAGCAGCAGAGCAGAGGAGAUGGAGCGGAGACACAGUUAAUUGGACACGGCUUUCCCACGCUGCAUCUUCCUGGAUAUCAAACUUCCACAAAUGUGCCGUCUUUUCAGCCCAUCCUGGAUCAGUCUGUCCCAACAGGCUUCUCCGAACAGGAUUUGGAUUACUCAGAAUGUUAAUGUUAACGGUGAGAAGUGUUUCAGCUGGGUUUGCUUAGUGUUGAUGCAAAGCUCGAUACUUUUAGGUAACCGGUGCCCCCUAGUGCACAUCCUGCCCAUAGUCAGUCACUAACGUACUUCACGUCUUCUACAAUCCACCAAACGGCACCAAAAGAACGGCACGAGGGAUAAAAAA